CUUUGGCAACAAGAAGAAGAAGGAGGAGGAAGCCGAGAUUGAGCGCAAGAACGCCGCGUACAAGUGCGAGGACGACGCCGCGACGAUGCCCCUGACGGACUUCAAGAAGCUUCAGAGGCUCAUCGGCGGUGGAUCAAAGGCGCUCCUGCCGCAGUCGGUCAUCGUUCGAGCGUUCGUGGUCCGGGGGAAGAACAUCCGGCCGCUGGACCCGAGCGGUCUCUGCGACCCGUACAUGAAAGUUGACCUUCUCGGCACGGGCAAGAGGUUUGGCAACAGGCGCGACCACGUGAAGGAGACCCUGGCGCCCUGGUUCUACAAGAUGUUCCAGUUCACCACCGAGCUCCCGGGUUCGUCCCAGCUGCAGUUCAAGCUGUACGACUGGGAUAAAAACGGCGGCGACGACGUCAUCGGCGUCAACACGGUGGACCUCGAGGACCGAUGGUUCUCUCCGAUUUGGAAGAGCCAGUUUUCCGAGACGCCGCCGCUGGAGCUUCGCACGCUGCUGAACAACGACGCGACGGGCAGCCAGGGUUCGCUCGAGCUCUGGGUGGAGAUGUACGAGGCUGACGAGAACGUGCCGCGGGCGAUGAAGAUCGCGCCGCCCCCGGUCAUCGACGUCGAGCUCCGCGUCGUCAUCUGGCGCGCUCGCAAGAUGGUCAUCAAGGACAUCGGCGGCAACAACGACCUCUUCUUCAAGGUGGGACUCGUGGGUCUGGACCACAAGCAGACUCGGUUCGGACAGGUGCAGGAGACGGACACGCACUACUUCGCGUCCGACGGCAAGGGAAGCUUCAACUACCGCAUCAUAUACCGGUUCUCCAUCCCGGUCACCAAGGCGAAGCUCCGAGUGUCGGCGUACGAUCGCGACCUCAUCGGAUCCAACGAUAACAUCGGCGAGGCCAUCCUGCCUCUCUCCGGCAUGUGCAACGAGCUGAUGCGGCUCAUACAGGCUGCUCCCGACGGCGAGCUCUCGGGCAACGCGGAGGUGAAGAUGGACGCGAAGAAUCAGAAACACGCUCCUCCCAUGCCCAAGGACCCCCCGUUUCUCAGCUGCGGCGAAGACGGCGUCUCCGUCAACUUCCCCUCGAUGGACUUUGGCGACGUCCUCGACGCGGGCGGCGAGGGUCACUGGUCCCCGCUGUAUCACCCGUCCAAGGACGACAGGAAGCAGGGUGAGGUUGAGGUUUCCUUGACGCUUCUUCCCGUGCGCAGGGCGGACCAGAGGCCGGUUGGCAAGGCGAGGGAUCAGCCCAACAGGGAUCCCGAGCUCCCGGCGGCUAUCCGAGCGAAGCUCAACCCGUUCGAUCCGAUCGGCUCGCUCAUCACCAUCAUGGGGCCCAACAUGGCCAGGAACAUAAUCCUCGCGCUGUGCAUCCUGGCGUGCCUCGCGGUGUGCUGUUCGCUCGCGGUGUUCAUCAUUAACGACGUGCUGUCGGCGUACAUCAACAUCGCCAUCCAGCAGGCCACCGGAGCUGGCGGCGGGAUGAUGCCCGCCGGCGGCGGACUCGGAAAGUGACGAGGCGUGCUGUACAUUCAUUCAUCACACACUAGCUACUAGAAAUAAACGCGCCAUUGAGUCUUAAUGGACCAUGUAACAAAUCUAGAGACG